CCUUUCGGCUCAGAGACAGCCCUGAGAGCCCACAAGAGCAACCGUUAGAGCAGACAGGGAAACACAUAGACCUCCCAAACAUCACAACAAAAGUAAAAAGUCAACAAACAUCAAAUCCAAAAGGGUUAAUACCCGACUGGAAAAAUUAGUUACAAAAAAAACAAACAAUCAAGCUCUAUUUUGUUGAUUCAUUUUUGCAAAUGAGUAUAAAGGACACUUUUGAUUUUUUCCAAAAAAAACCCCAGCACAACAAAAAAGACAACUGGAUCUUUUCCUCGUCUCUGAGACAGAAGGAACACUAAAGGACAAGCGGCGCUCCGGAGGAUCGAGCACAGCGGCAUCCAUCAGCAGACGGAGGAGGUGUGCGGGCUCUUCCCACCAGCCUCCAGCUUCCAGUCCCCCGCAGCAGCAGCAGCACCAGCAGAGGAUGGCUGCAGCCAAGACCGAGAUGAUCCUCCCGGCCCUGCAGAUCUCCGAGCCCUUGAGCUUCCCUCACUCCCCCAUGGAUAACUACCCCAAGCUGGAGGAGGUGAUGAUGCUCAGCCCUGCGGGGACGCCUUUCCUCACAGCCUCCGCGCCCGAAGGUGCCGGCUUCGGUUCUGGGGAACCGGGGGAGCAGUACGACCACCUUGCUGGAGAUACGCUCCCUGACAUCCCCUUCAACUGUGACAAGUCGGUGGGAGAUCAGACGUACUCAAUCCAGCGGCUGCCCCCCAUCUCCUACACGGGCCGCUUCACCCUGGAGCCCGCCACCGCCUGCAGCAACAGCCUUUGGGCGGAGCCUAUUUUGAACCUGUUUAGCGGCCUGAUGGGCAACGCCACCUCCCUGAGCACCUCGUCCUCGUCGUCCGCCCCGACGUCCUCCUCUUCCCCCUCAUCCAGCGCCUCCUCGUUGCACAGCUCCAGCCUGACGUCCUCCGUCCACCACAGCGAGCCCAACCCCAUCUACUCCGCCGCCCCGACCUACUCCAACCCCAACUCUGAUAUCUUCCCAGACCAAGGUCAAGCCUUCUCCGUCCCCAACGCGGGCGCCCUCUACCCUCCCCCUGCCUACCCUAAUGGCAAGACCUGCGGCACAAGCUUCCCCGUGCCCAUGAUUCCUGACUACCUGUUCCCUCAGCAGCAGGGAGAGAUCAGCCUGGUUCCGCCCGACCAAAAGCCAUUCCAGAGUCAGUCAAGCCAGCCCUCUCUCACCCCUCUGUCCACCAUCAAGGCCUUCGCCACCCAGACGGGCUCCCAAGACCUAAAGAGCGUCUACCAGUCCCAGCUGAUCAAGCCCAGCCGCAUGCGCAAGUACCCCACCCGGCCGAGCAAGACCCCGCCCCACGAGAGACCCUACGCCUGCCCGGUGGAGACCUGCGACCGGCGCUUCUCCCGCUCCGACGAGCUGACGCGCCACAUCCGCAUCCACACGGGCCAGAAGCCCUUCCAGUGCCGCAUCUGCAUGCGCAACUUCAGCCGCAGCGACCACCUGACCACGCACAUCCGCACCCACACGGGCGAGAAGCCCUUCGCCUGCGAGAUCUGCGGACGCAAGUUCGCUCGCAGCGACGAGAGGAAGAGGCACACGAAGAUCCACCUGCGGCAGAAGGACAAGAAGGCGGAAAAAGCCGGGGCGCUGCCGGUGCAGGCGCCCGUGUCGGCGGCCUCGCCCGCCUCCAGCUACCCCUCGCCCAUCACCUCAUACCCCUCCCCGGUGUCCUCUUACCCGUCCCCCGUCACCUCCUGCUACUCUUCCCCAGCUCACACUUCCUAUCCGUCUCCUUCCAUCGCCACCACCUAUCCGUCCGUGUCCAUGUCCAGCACCUUCCAGUCCCAGGUAGCCUCUCCCUACUCCUCUUCAGUCGUCUCCAACAGCUACAGCUCCCCCGUGCCCACACCACUAUCAGACCUGCAGACCACUCUCUCCCCAAGGACAAUUGAGAUAUGCUAGGUUUCUGACCACGCGGGUAUUGGAAGGGGACGGACAUCAGCAUCUAGACUGUUAUUCCCCUUUCAAAUAAACAAAUAAAAGAAGCACUUUUGUGACUGCUCUCCGCAGUGUUGGGGUCAACACUGAGAUCUAUUCACCAGAGAUGUUGAGGACUGGACAAGGUUUUUUUUUUCUUUUCUUUUGUUGUCCCUCCUGAAAAACAAAAAGGACCGAGAGUUGAAUCCAGCGCUGACGCUUUCACGCCUAUCAGGUACACGCGGAACAAAAAGAGAGAAAGUGAAGAUUGCCUGCAGCUGCGAUGCUCGAGCACGUCCUUGUCGGCAUGCAUACAGUACAAGAGACAAUGACUAAUAUACAUAAGCUACCACGUAUGUAUAUUGUACACGUGCCAUGUUUUGUUCUUAUCAUUCUUCGCUAUCAUUGAUGUGAACCACGAUUUGCAUAUUCGUAUUAUUUGAAGUGAGCGAGGCCAUAUUUUUUUCUUUUCUUACACGCGUUCCUCUAUUACAUAGUGACGAUGCUGUGGUGCGUUUUGUUGGGGGAGGGGGGGUGGGGGGAGAGACAAAAAAAAAGGGAGAAAAAAAAAGCACUUACGUAUUCAAGCAUGAGUAGGCGUGAUGUUAGUUUCUGUUUGUAAAUAUCAUCCACCGGUACUCUUUCUCUCUCGUUCGCACAUGUGACAUAUCGCUCAGUUGUGCGGGCAAAACAGAGAAAAAGAAAAGGGGAAAAAAAAAGAAAAAUCAAGAAAAGGACGAUUGCUCCGUUAUUUGGUGCCUUUUUGGGAAGCCUCGCUGAUGUCGCGGCUCCGGGCCGCGCGCGCGAGAGAGAGGGUGCGCUGCAUCUCGCCUUAAGGACUGAGGGAAUAUUUUUGUUACAGAAUGUAAGUCACGAUGAAGGGAGUUAAAGGAGGGAUGAGGGCACUGCUUCAUUUGAUUAGAAUGUAAGCAAAAUUGAGAAGAAGAAGAAGAAAAAAAAAGAAGAAGAACAUUUUAAAGUAUAUUUUUAUAAAAGUGUAAAUAUUCGCAUCUUUAAAGAGCCAGAAUGUUUAAAGUUACCUACUGAGUAGGCGUGGGAUUCUCUUGUAUGUUCUAUACAUGCAGCUCAUUAUUUUGUGGUUAUCUUUAUUUUGUAUUUGUGUUUGUUCAAACAAGUGACUGUUCCUGGCUUCUGAACACAAUGAAUGCGCUUAACUGCCAAUGGGAUAUUUGGUGUACACGAUAUCCUCCCAGAAAAUGAAAUAUAAAUAAAAAUGUGAAUAUACGCCUAUUUGUUUUGGUGCUUUUUUUAUGUUUAACCUCCGUAUACAUGAUCGUAACUAUUGAUACUGCAAAAAGUGAAA